GUGUUUUACGGUAACAGAUGACAUCACCGCACAGUUACGCCCAUUGAUAAAAAAGAGGGACAGAGCCACAAAAACAAGUAUUUGGGUUCGGGCUGCUGCUGGAGAGCCACCGGAAGUGUCUGCUGACGGAAACCAUAAAGCAGCUAAAUAAACAUCUCUGGGUUUGUGCUCAUCCUACCGGAAACCGUGAGCAACAGCUGUUAAACCUUUAAGGUGAUACAUCAGAGUCAGGCCUGGCCAACAUGUCUUCUCAGACCACACCUGUCCAGGAGUCCGAACCCACGACCCCUCCUCUCCACUCUCCCAGCUCUCCAGAGUCCCUUCACCUUCCGACCGACAAGUUUAGGGAACGCUCACCGUCUCCGCUGAGAGGCUUCCUCAUCCCCAGCCCGCUGCCCACUCGUAGGAACCGGACCUAUUCAGCGGCGGCCCGAGCCGCCGAGGGACCCGUGUUCACCGGCGUGUGCAAAUGUUUCUGUCGCUCCAAAGGCCACGGCUUCAUCACGCCAUCGGACGGAGGCGCCGACAUCUUCGUCCACAUCUCCGACAUUGAGGGGGAGUACGUGCCAGUGGAAGGAGAUGAGAUGCGCUACAAGGUCUGCUCCAUCCCUCCUAAAAACGAGAAGGUCCAGGCGGUGGAGGUGACCAUCACCCACCUGAAACCAGGAACCAAGCACGAGACCUGGGGAGGAUGUGUCUUCAGCAGCUGAAUGCAGCGUUUCUCACUCAGCAACGCUAGUGGAGGGAAGGGGAGGGGGGUAAAGGUUAAAGGGCAGAGGGAGCAUUAUGAGUAGAACUUCCUGUCCCAACCAGGGUUCUUCUAGACUGAAGGUCAUUCACUUCUGACCUGAGCUCCUUUGAAACGACUUCAGCCAUAAAUAUUCCCACCGGAUGGGUUUAAUGAUUCCGAUUUUCGGCUUUUAUAAACACGAAUAGCUGGAGAGCCGACGUAGUUUCAGUCACAGGAAGUUCAUCCAUCCCACGUGAACGGCUGGUGCCUCCUCUCGCCCAGACAACCUGCAGCUUUUUGUGCCGACCUUUAUUUUAGGAUUAUGAUCUGUAAUUGCUUGCGGUUGGAUAAGAUAUAAAGUGAAAUAAAAGCAUUUCAACCUCU